GCGGCGGCUGUGGGGGUCGGCGGGGGAGGCCCGGGUCUGGCCGCGCUGUCGGUGGCGAGACGGAAGGACGGCGGCCCGACGGGGAAGUUCUGGGAGAGCCCCGAGACGGUGUCCCAGCUCGACUCGGUCCGCGUGUGGCUCGGGAAGCACUACAAAAAGUAUGUGCAAGCAGAUGCUCCUACCAACAAAACUCUGGCUGGGCUGGUGGUGCAGCUGCUGCAGUUCCAGGAAGAUGCCUUUGGGAAACACGUCACCAAUCCUGCCUUCACAAAGCUCCCGGCAAAGUGCUUCAUGGAUUUCAAAGCUGGAGGUACAUUAUGUCACAUUCUUGGUGCUGCUUACAAAUAUAAGAAUGAACAGGGCUGGCGGAGGUUUGACCUGCAGAACCCGUCCCGGAUGGAUCGAAACGUGGAGAUGUUCAUGAACAUUGAGAAAACACUAGUGCAGAACAACUGUCUGAGCAGACCAACCAUCUACCUCAUUCCAGAUAUAGAACUGAAGCUGGCUAAUAAACUGAAGGAUAUCGUCAAACGUCACCAGGGAACAGUGACUGAAGAGAAAUCCAAGGCCACCCACCACGUUUAUCCAAGUCCUACCUCAAUGGAUGAUGAUGAAUGGUUGAGACCCGUGAUGAAAAAAGACAAGCAGGUGCUGGUACACUGGGGCUUCUUUCCAGACAGCUAUGACACUUGGGUUCAUGCCAACGAAAUCGAUGCUGAAAUUGAGGAUCCUCCAAUUCCUGAAAAGCCGUGGAAGGUUCAUGCCAAGUGGAUUUUGGACACAGAUAUAUUCAAUGAAUGGAUGAAUGAGGAGGAUUAUGAGGUGGAUGAGAACAGGAAAGCAGUGAGUUUUCGACAGAGAAUCUCCAUGAAGAAUGAAGAGCCUGUGCGUAGUCCAGAGAGGAGAGACAGGAAAGCAGCAGCAAGUACACGGAAGAGAAAGCACUCUCCUUCUCCACCCCCCACUCCUGUGGAGUCAAGAAAAAAGUCAGGGAAGAAAGGACAAGCAACCAUAUAUGGGAAAAGGAGGGGGCAGAAGGAAGAGGACGAGCAAGAAGAUCUCACAAAGGACAUGGAGGAUCCCACGCCAGUACCUAACAUAGAAGAAGUGGUACUUCCCAAAAAUGUGAACCCAAAGAAAGACAGUGAAAACACGCCUGUGAAAGGAGGAACGGUAGCAGACCUUGAUGAACAGGAUGAGGAGACAGUGGCGACUGGAGGAAAGGAGGAUGAAGAUCCUAACAAAGGCGACCAGAGUCGAUCCAUCGAUCCAGGUGAAGAUAACGUCACGGAACAAACCAACCACAUCAUCAUUCCCAGCUAUGCAUCUUGGUUUGACUACAACUGCAUUCAUGUGAUCGAGCGCCGCGCUCUUCCAGAAUUCUUCAACGGAAAGAACAAGUCCAAGACUCCUGAAAUAUACCUGGCUUACCGCAACUUCAUGAUCGACACCUACCGCCUGAACCCCCAGGAGUACCUGACCAGCACUGCCUGCAGGAGGAACCUGACUGGGGAUGUGUGUGCUGUCAUGAGGGUGCACGCUUUUCUGGAGCAGUGGGGUCUCAUCAACUACCAGGUGGACCCGGAGAGCCGCCCCAUGGCGAUGGGCCCUCCUCCCACCCCCCACUUCAACGUGCUGGCCGAUACGCCCUCCGGCCUCAUGCCUCUGCACAUCCGCACUCCCCAGAUCCCAGCUGCUCAGCAGAUGCUGAGUUUUCCUGAGAAAAACAAAGAGAAACCUACUGACCUGCAGAACUUUGGACUUCGCACAGACAUCUACUCAAAAAAGACUUUAGCAAAGAGUAAAGGUGCGAGCGCUGGAAGAGAAUGGACGGAGCAGGAGACGCUGCUGCUGUUAGAAGCUCUGGAGAUGUACAAGGACGACUGGAACAAGGUCUCGGAGCACGUUGGGAGCCGCACCCAGGACGAGUGCAUCCUGCACUUCCUGCGCCUGCCCAUCGAGGACCCCUACCUGGAGGACUCGGAGGCGUCGCUGGGGCCGCUGGCCUAUCAGCCCAUCCCCUUCAGCCAGUCCGGCAACCCCGUCAUGAGCACCGUAGCUUUCCUGGCGUCGGUGGUGGACCCUCGCGUGGCGUCGGCGGCAGCGAAGGCCGCCUUAGAGGAGUUCUCCCGCGUCCGAGAGGAGGUGCCGCUGGAGCUGGUGGAAGCCCACGUCAAGAAAGUGCAGGAAGCGGCGCGCGCCUCGGGGAAGGUGGAUCCCACCUACGGGCUGGAGAGCAGCUGCAUCGCCGGGACCGGGCCGGACGAGCCGGAAAAGAUGGAUGGAGCUGAAGAAGAAAAAAUGGAAACAGAGACAGAUGGGCAGCAGCCUGAGAAGGUUGAAAGCAAAGCAGAGAGUGAAAUUGAGGAAGGUGAUAAAGUACAAGAAGGAGAAAAUGAGAGGAAUCCAGAAAAGGAACAAGAGAGCGAAGCGACUGCGGACACCAAGCCAGAAGAAAAGGAGGCAGAAGAGAACAAGGAGAACGUUGAUGCAAGCAAAGACAAAGAAAUCGAGGCUGGGAAGAAGAAAGUGGAACACGAGAUCUCGGAAGGAAACGUUGCUACAGCUGCAGCUGCUGCUCUCGCCUCAGCUGCCACCAAAGCAAAGCACCUAGCAGCAGUGGAAGAAAGAAAAAUCAAGUCCCUGGUUGCUCUUCUGGUGGAAACGCAGAUGAAGAAGCUGGAGAUAAAGCUUCGCCAUUUCGAGGAGCUGGAAACCAUUAUGGACCGAGAGAAAGAGGCAUUAGAGCAGCAGAGGCAGCAGCUGCUGACGGAACGCCAGAACUUCCACAUGGAGCAGCUGAAGUACGCUGAGCUCCGUGCUCGCCAGCAAAUGGAGCAGCAGCACAGCCAGAACGCUCAGCAGCCUCACCAGCACUCCGGGCCCGGGCUGAACCCGCUGGGCGCAGCGGCACACCAAGGCCUGCUGCCCCACCAGCAGCCCCCGCCGUACCCCAUGAUGCACCACCAGAUGCCACCCCCUCACCCCCCCCAGCCAGGUCCGAUGCCGGGACCCGGUUCCUUGCUGCCCGCACAGCCCAUGCCGGGCCGGAUGCUACCGGGGGUGUCAGCCAACCUGCACCCCGCCGGCGCGCCCGCUCCUCCCGGCAUGGCACCCAUGGCCGGCGGCCUCAUGGGGCCCCGCGUCCCGCUGGCGGCGCCCAACGGCAUGUAUCCCCCCGCUGCGCAGCCGCCUCCGCCCGCAGAAGGGGUGACCCCCCCUCCCGCAGGAGCCCCGCCGGCCGCAACCGCCCCGUAGGCAGCCCAGGAGAAGGAACUUCUACAGCAGCACGGUGGUGACCAAAAGAACUCCUCCGUUAACUCCCGUUCCCCGGAGGUCUUCGCCUCCCGUUGCGCGCACGCGUCCCCACAGAUGAGCACAUUCACACCGAGUCCCUUUCCCCGCUCCCCUCCGUAGCCUGGCAGCCCUCGUUGCUCCUCCGGGGCCCUCUGUCCCUCGGAGCUGCCUCCGUGUCCCCGUGCCGCUGGCGGGCGAUCCCCCGCUGCGCUCCGCCUGCUCCCGCUGCCCCCAGCUCUGGUUUUCCCCCCUCCUUGGUGCUUUGAGCUUUGCCUUCUCCUGGGCAGGGUGGAAUGAAGAUGUUUGGGGUUCCCCGGGUGGGGCGAGCAAAGCACCGAGAGCGGAUCCCGAACCAGAGGCGGGGGCCGGGCGGGGAUGCGGGGCUGAACAGGGAUGCGGGCGCUGUCGCUAAGGAUGGCGGCAGGGCCCGGGGCCUCACUGACCUAGUAGAGAAAAUAGCGACCCAGUGCAAACGAAGCCAGGGGCGCAUGGAUUGGAAUGGAACCAGGCGGUGGUGGGAGUUGUCUCGCUCCGCUUUUUAGCUUUCUUUUGCCUUCGGAGGCGGUAGUCGGACGUUCCCUCUCAGUAGUUCGGUGCAGUAGCCAACCGAGGAAUAAAAGCGCGAUUUGUAGCCCUUCUUUUUUCGGAGCGUAACCCUUUUUAAUUUUUAAAACAGACAAAGUAGAUAGGGAGAAGUGCCAGCGUGCGGGGCUGGGGCCGGGGCACAUCCCCUCCACGCCGCCCUCCCCCCGGGGCCGUGCCCGCAGCGCUGCCGGCCGGGCCAGGAGGAACCUGGUGAGCCCUGUCCAUCCCGUGGCUUCGCUGCGAGGAGCUGCCCUUCCCCACCAGCCCGCACGGGAGCCGUGCUUCCCCCCCCUCCUCCCACGGGACCUUCCCCUCCGGGGGCACCGGGCUGAGCUUGGGGUUUCGGUUCAGGCCGCGGUCGGGUCAUAGAAUAACCUCAGGUUGUUUUUAGCGCGAUCAACUUCCAUGCAAAGGAUCCAGACGGAGACUUAAUUUUUUACUGUCCUAGCACCGAUCCCGCAGUCUCCCCCCCCCCACUCUCGACACCGUUGCGUUUCUGUAUAAAUAAUCCGCGUGCUGACUUUUUCAUCUGAUCCUCUGUAUAGGGCCGGUUUUAUUCCUGCAGCCGCGCAGCCCUCCCUUCCCCCCCCCCCCCCC